AUGUUGUCACCCUCGAGUCACGCCCUUGCCAGACAAGCCCCUCCAGUAAGGCCAUCCCGGUCUCUCGAGGGUCUGGAGCAAGUCAUUCCUCCCAGACCCCCUCUUUCACCUAUUCGUCCACUCCUACACUUGGAUAAACCGCUCCCGCAGCUCCCGUCCAAACCGCUGCCAGAUACCCCAUCCCUGACAGGCUCCACGCCGUGGAGCGACGACAGCAGCACCGUCAACAGCUUCGAAGAAGACGACUACGAAGACGACGAGGGACAUCGCCGCCAAUCCAGCGUGUCAACGGAGAGCUAUCCUGUAUUUGUCCGCUCCGGCUCGGAUGAUUUGGCCGACUUUGUCGAUCAUCCUGCCGUUUCCACUUUCCAUCGCGUGGAGCCCGACGAAAAGCGAAUAACCUCGUCGUCCUGGGCCAUCCACACCCUCCUUGCCGAGAACCGUUACAACAGACCACCGCAUUGGGCCUCCAGCAGAGUUGGGCCGAAUCACUACUUUCGUGAGAAGAAAUGGGAUUUCUUUCCCGAGCUGGCAACGCCGCCGUCGACACUUCACCAGAAUGCGCCCCACCUGCCCCCCAAACCACGGAAGAAGGAUAGCGGGCGAUUGAACAACUUAGUGCCCGCCGCCUUUGAUUUCUCCUCCAAGCAUCGGGGCCGAUGGUCCCCCCCCGAUAAGGGCAGCCUGCACGAUGUCCGCAACUCGAUACGUUCCUAUGUCCAGCGACGAAUCUCUCGCCAUUCCGUCGAGAAGGAAAAAUCUAAACGGAAACUUCGCCCAGCCACCGCUCCGUCGGAGUGCACCCGCAAAUAUACUCCUCCUCAACGGACUGCCCCGUCGACUAGUGACCGCUCCGACUCCGGGAGAUCCACCGCCCCGCAGGCCCCCCCUCUGCUAGAAGUCGGUGAGAAGACGCUACAGAUCAUCUCUGUCCCCUCAACAGCCUCUUCGAGCGCAGGAGAAUCCGAGAAGCAACCGAACCCCAUCAUCCCCUUUAACCGCACAAAGCAGCUCGCCGUUCCCAUUACCCCGUACCAGAAGUACGGGGCUGCCAUCUGGGAUAAAUCCGGCAAGGAGAAACGCAUCAGUUACCGCCAGACACAUAAGGUGCGAUUCCCAAAAUAUCGCAAACCAGCCAAAAAUGGGUUUGUGUCUUCGGCGACACCGCCUCUGAGCCAUCCUGCCCGGUCUCAGUUGCAACAGAGUACACGCGACUGCGUCCGGGCCUUCCAGGAUGGAACUAGUCAAGUACUAGUUGCCAUUGAAGGGGCGAGGAAGAAGAUGAUCGGGUCCAAAAUUGACAGGAGACGUACACAGUUAAAGUCGCAAAUCCGCUUAAUUGGGCCCGUCAACCCAUAUACUACCUACGGAGCUGAUCCGUGGCAGAAGCAGCAGAAGCAGCAGCAGCAGCAGAAGCAGCAGCAGCAGCAGAAGCAGCAGCAGCAGCAGCUUGGGAUGUAUCAUCCGGCUAUGUGCGCAUUCCCGGUUGGUUUCCCCGCCAUUUUGGCCGUUUCUCCGCAUGCAACCACCAACGUCACCUGCUCCUGUUCCUGGCCGGCCCUCGACGGUAACAAGUGA